CCCGCGGGGCGCUGAUCAUGGGAGAAAACCCAGCCCCGGGCCAGGACGCUUCAGAGAACAGCCCAUCAUUCUCGCGGACCGUCUGGGCCCCGAGGAAGCCUUAGCAACAGCCAGCUCAGGCUCAGGGUCUCUGUCCCAGCUUUCUCCCUCCCACACCGCUCGCACACUUGGGCUGACCUGAUCCCACUAGGAUUGCCCUGCCCCCUGCCCCUACGAGUCUCUGUGUGUGGAAGCAGGGGGGCCAAGGCUGGGCUAAAAAAUUCCCACUGGGAUGAGAGGAGUAGAAAUGGGCAGGGGGAUUUGGGGAAGAGAUUCUUCCCCGUCCCCGCUACCCCUCCUCCCCCCCUCCCCAGAAAGAACCAAGAGGGGGAAAAAAGGUUGAAUGAGUAAAUGUGUCAGGCUUAGGGACCCAGCGGAAUCCCAGAUCAGGGUUUCCCCCCCCACCUUCCUGCCCGGCCCCCGCUCUCCUCCCUCCCUCCACUGCGAGCAACGCGGGCUCCGGAGGGAGAGAAGGGGCAGGAGAUUUAAAAAAAAAAUCCCGAAAACAGCCCCUCCUCUCAAAAUCCUCCUCCUCGUCUCUUUUCCUCCAUCCUUUCACCUGCCCUAUUUCAGCAGGUAGGGGGCGUCCCACCCCGCCCCUGCCCCCCAGGCCGGGGAGCCGGGGAGGGGACAGCGUCGGAUACAAGGGGGACCCCGACCCCGGGCCCAACGGGGCUGGGGGCAGCUAAGACGGCCCCGGGCCCGCCGGAAGCCGUGGAGCAGAGGCCGGCAGGGACAGCAAUGGUCGCUGUUGACGGUGGCUGAGCCCCCAGCCCCUGGAAUAUGCAGCCCGGGGGGUCCUCCGGAGGCAGCGGCGAGGACGCGGAGGCGGAGCGGGGCCGGAGGCAUGGUGUCCACCUAUCGGGUGGCCGUGCUGGGGGCGCGAGGCGUGGGCAAGAGCGCCAUCGUACGCCAGUUCCUUUACAACGAAUUCAGCGAGGUCUGCGUGCCCACCACCGCCCGCCGCCUCUACCUGCCCGCCGUGGUCAUGAACGGCCACGUGCACGACCUCCAGAUCCUCGACUUCCCGCCCAUCAGCGCCUUCCCUGUCAACACGUUGCAGGAGUGGGCAGAUGCUUGCUGCAGGGGGCUCCGGAGUGUCCACGCCUACAUCUUGGUCUACGACAUCUGCUGCUUUGACAGUUUUGAAUACGUAAAGACCAUCCGGCAGCAGAUCCUGGAGACGAGGGUGAUCGGCACCUCGGAGACGCCCAUCAUCAUCGUGGGGAACAAGCGGGACCUGCAGCGGGGGCGCGUCAUCCCGCGCUGGAACGUGUCGCACCUGGUGCGGAAGACGUGGAAGUGCGGUUACGUGGAGUGUUCGGCCAAGUACAACUGGCACAUCCUGCUGCUGUUCAGCGAGCUGCUCAAGAGUGUGGGCUGCGCGCGCUGCAAGCACGUGCACGCAGCCCUGCGCUUCCAGGGCGCCCUGCGCCGCAACCGCUGCACCAUCAUGUGACCCGCCCCCCCCCCGGGGGCCCGCGCUGAGGUUGCCGCUCCAGCCUGGGGAGGCGGGUCAGAGACGGGCGCAGCCGGCUGGGGGCGGCAGAGACCGGCAGGGGCCGGCUGGGGGCGGCAGGGGCCGGCAGGGGGCAGCAGGGCCUAGCAGGGCCUGCGUUCGGCCUGCCCAGCUCUCCCCUCCAAAGUGGCCCGUGAGGGACAGAGGCCAGCGCCCCUGCUGGGGGUGGAGGGAGGGUCCUCAGAGGUGCUGAAGGGGAUGAGGAAGAGGUUAGAACCCGCAGCCCAGCACAGGCCUGUCACCCGCCCUGACCCUCCAACACACACGUGUUUCCUCACUGCCCCUAUGGGAUCCCCCGUCCUUCGUGCCCUGACAUUUGUCUUCCUGGGACAGCCAUACUCUGCAGUGUAGCCUAUAAACGCGCUCCCUCCCAGAUCCCGCUGCCCUCCGGGAUUGGGGCCCAGGGUCGCAGGGGAGUCCUCCCCGGGGUGAGUCCGGGCCUAGGGCUGUCACAUGUCCCUGUUUCCGGCUCCAUUUCUGUCUGUCCCUCUUUCCUUGUGUGGAUGUCUGCCUUCCGUCCGUCCUUUUCACUGUCCCUUCCCAUAGGGCUCUCACUUCUUCCAUCUCCCUGCCUCAGGCCUGUGGGGGUCUGUGGGGGCACGGCACCAGAGGGGGUAAAGGGCGCAGAAACACAGACGGCCUCCCUGGGACCAGGGUUUGGGAUUGCAGUCCCAGGUCAGCAAGAGGGGAAGGGGCAGAAGCUCCAAACGUGAAGCUGCCCCCUCCCUUCCCUCUCCAGGUAGACUUUUCCCACCCAGCAGCCUCCAGAGACACAACUCACCUACCUUCCAGCCUUAACUUGAUGGCCUGGUACCUGUCAGGUACUCCCUCCCCUGACCCUCCAACCCCCAGAGCCAGAUCAACCUUUGGUUUGAAUAUUUUACUUUUAAUUAAUAGCCAGUUUGGAACCAAAAAAAAAAGAGGCAAAAAAAAUAACACGAUCAGGUUUCCCAUGGCGUCAAUUGCUCCAUUCCUUUGCCCUCCUCGAAUUGGGAUGUCUUCAUCCCCUGCAGGGCACGGAUGAUGGAUGGGACCGUCUCCCCAGGGUGGCUGGGCCCACGGCCAGGAGGCUCACCCGUGGGGGAGAGCGCGUCCCCCUCUCCUCCCCGACGGAAAGGGCAAAGGGGCAGGCCUCCCUCAGACCCCUGGCCACAGGCUCACUUUGCCCAGAUUCUCCCUGCUGUCUUUGCCCCUCCAAUCACUCAGCUCUUCCUAUCAAUCCCAGACAAGCAAAACUAGGACUUGAGAUAAGCAUGGGGAUCCCUCCUUCUCUCCCUCCCUUCUUCCCUCCCUAGAUUUGUCCCCAACCUCCCCUUGGGAUGGAGGUCUGUUUGGGAGCUCCCCUCCUCCCUCUGGCUGACCCUCUUUCCCCACUGCGGCCUCAGCCCUCUCCCCAUUUUUACCGGCUCCAUGGCCGGAUUUCUACCUCUUGUCACCGGAGCUCAUCACUGUCAGUUUUUUAGAAAUAACAAUAAUAAUGAUGAAAAUGACACUAAUAAUAAUGCAAGGGCUAGGAUGCUGGCUCUCAGAGCUGGGGGGGCACAGAGAGAGGGAGAGAGAAGUCUUCCUGUGUCCCCACAUACUCGCUGUCUCAUCUACCAAGGGGUAGGCCAUGUAAUAAGCUAAACCCCACAAAUCUUUGUUCAGUGAUAAAACAGUGGGAUGGCAUUUCUCCCAGGGUGUCUAAGUCGACGAUGCCUGAGAAUUCAGCUUGUAGGACAGAAGACAGAUUGGGUCCAAGGUGAGGUUAAAUGGGGUUGAGAUUGGGAAGGGUCCCGGGGAUUUGGAUAAGUUUAUCAUCAGGAUUGAGGGUAUUGGGAAGGGCUUGUGAUAUUGUUUCCCCAGCUGGUCCCCCAGUCUCCCCUAGAGAGUUAACACAGACUUGGAAUAGCCCUAACCCUGGAUGAUCCAGGACACUGGAAUUCUAGUCCUUGACAUGCUGUGUGAUGUUAGGCAAGUCGCUCUCCCUUUCUGAGCCUCCCUCUAAAACAGAGGAGAUGGCUCCCCUUCCCCACCCCUUCAGGUGGCUGGGAGGGUAAAUGAGAGUGCCUCAUAUUCUCCUUCCCGUGUACUACUGCCCCUUAUUCAGGGGCCCUGAAAUGGGCAGGAAAAGUGACAUCUUGGCUAUCCAUGUCACAUUCUAGCUCCAAUGUAUCUUCCCUGGAUGGGUGUGUCCUUGGAAAAGGGGGGAAGGGGGACCUAGGUCUUUGGUUUCCCUCCUCACACAUCCCCCCCCUUGGUGGAAGCUAUCCGAAUGUAUCACCUGACUGAUUCUCCCACCCCACCCCACCCCUUCUUUUUUUUUUUUGGCUUCUUUGGAUUUUUGGAUCCCUCUCCCCUUCCCUUCAGUCUCUCCCCUCUCCAGGGUUUCCGGCCAUAGGGUCUGGAAGUGUCUGUAAAGCCUGUUGCGCUGUUAUGGGAAGUCAGAUUAAAAAAAAAUCAGGGAACAUUUUCCCUUGUUUCUGUA